CUAAUUGCGCGACAAUUUGGAUUGUUUACGUUUUUGUCCAGUUUAAUUGUAAUAUAUCUAAAAAAAUAUUGUUGUUAUCUGUCAUAAUGGACUUCAAUAGCCUAACCUACGAUCAGAAGUUCUUCAAUUUCACAGCGGCACAGCUGUCGGCAGAGCGCGAACAUAUUGUGCAGGACAUAAUUAAGAAAGGCAUUGGUCAGAUCAUCGACAAGAUCAAGACACCCGCCACAGCGGAAUUACUGGAAGCGGAGAAGGAGAACGUGGAGCGUCGUUUCCAGGCAUCCGCCUCCAAGGGCCUGAAAGCCCUCAGGCAACUGGACAGCAAAGUAUUCCACGUUCCACCGCAUGUGCUGCAUCCGGAGCACAUGUUCUUCGAGAAUCAGUAUACCAGCGAGGAGGAGGAGCAGAAAACAGCCAGGUUGGAGGAGCUGAAGGCCAAAUACAGAGAGAAUAUGGCUAUGCUGGCGCAUUUGAAGAUUGAGGAGGAAAAGUACGCCGCCAUGGAUGAUCUCAUCCAGAAGGAAAUCGAAAUGCAGGAUCGCGUGCAGCGAAGCUGCUCCUCCCUCAACAUCAGCAAGCUAAAGCAGUUCUGUAAUCAAGUGCCCCUGCAGCUAAAGAAGGAGACUUGAUUAAUUAAAUUAACUAAAACUAAUUUUUUAAUUUAGAUUUCCAUUAUCUAACUUCAAAACCAGUUUGAACCCUGAAACAUUUAUAAUCACUUAAGACGUUUUGAUAUACCACUUAAACUUUUAUUCUGUCGUUAACUUAGUUUUAAACUUAACAUUAAAAUUAUUUUGAAAUUGAA